CUGCACGUCUCCCUCAGCAAGCCCAGUGGGCAGUGCUCGGCCACCAUGUUCAGCUGGCUGAAGCGGAGCGGGGCGCGGGGCCAGCAGCCCGAGGCCAUCCGCACGGUGACCUCGUCGCUCAAGGAGCUGUACCGCACCAAACUGCUGCCCCUUGAGGAACACUAUCGAUUCGGGGCCUUCCACUCGCCGGCCCUGGAGGACGCCGAUUUCGACGGCAAGCCCAUGGUGCUGGUGGCCGGCCAGUACAGCACGGGCAAGACCAGCUUCAUCCAGUACCUGCUGGAGCAGGAGGUGCCGGGCUCCCGCGUGGGGCCCGAGCCGACCACCGACUGCUUUGUGGCCGUCAUGCACGGGGACACGGAGGGCACCGUGCCGGGCAACGCCCUCGUGGUUGACCCGGACAAGCCAUUCCGCAAGCUCAACCCUUUUGGGAACACCUUCCUCAAUAGGUUCAUGUGUGCCCAGCUGCCCAAUCAGGUCCUGGAGAGCAUUAGUAUCAUCGACACCCCGGGCAUCCUGUCAGGCACCAAACAGAGAGUGAGCCGCGGCUACGACUUCCCGGCGGUGCUGCGCUGGUUCGCGGAGCGCGUGGACCUCAUCAUCCUGCUCUUCGACGCGCACAAGCUGGAGAUCUCGGACGAGUUCUCGGAGGCCAUCGGCGCCCUCCGGGGCCACGAGGACAAGAUCCGCGUGGUGCUCAACAAGGCGGACAUGGUGGAGACACAGCAGCUGAUGCGCGUCUACGGGGCGCUCAUGUGGGCGCUGGGCAAGGUGGUGGGCACGCCCGAGGUGCUGCGCGUCUACAUCGGCUCCUUCUGGUCCCAGCCCCUCCUGGUGCCCGACAACCGGCGCCUCUUCGAGUUGGAGGAGCAGGAUCUGUUCCGGGACAUCCAGGGCCUGCCGCGCCACGCCGCCCUGCGCAAGCUCAACGACCUGGUGAAGAGGGCCCGGCUGGUGCGGGUACACGCGUACAUCAUCAGCUACUUGAAGAAGGAGAUGCCCUCCGUGUUUGGCAAGGAGAACAAGAAGAAGCAGUUAAUCCUCAAGUUGCCCGUCAUCUUUGCGAAGAUUCAGCUGGAGCAUCACAUAUCGCCCGGCGACUUUCCCGACUGCCAGAAAAUGCAGGAGCUGCUGAUGGCUCACGACUUCACCAAAUUCCACUCGUUGAAGCCGAAGCUGCUGGAGGCGCUUGACGAGAUGCUGACCCACGACAUCGCUAAGCUCAUGCCCCUGCUGCGGCAGGAGGAGCUGGAGAACACCGAGGUGGGCGUGCAGGGCGGCGCUUUCGAGGGCACCCACAUGGGCCCGUUCGUGGAGCGGGGGCCCGAUGAGGCCCUGGAGGACGGCGAGGAGGGCUCGGACGACGAGGCCGAGUGGGUGGUGACCAAGGACAAGUCCAAGUACGACGAGAUCUUCUACAACCUGGUGCCGGCCGAUGGCAAGCUGAGCGGCACCAAGGCCAAGACCUGGAUGGUGGGCACCAAGCUCCCCAACUCGGUGCUGGGGCGCAUCUGGAAGCUGAGCGACGUCGACCGGGACGGCAUGCUGGAUGACGAGGAGUUCGCCCUGGCCAGCCACCUCAUCGAGGCCAAGCUGGAGGGCCACGGGCUGCCCGCCAACCUGCCCCGUCGCCUGGUGCCGCCCUCCAAGCGACGUCACAAGGGCUCUGCAGAGUGAGCCGGCCACUGCCUGCAGGCCCUCCCUCCCACUCGCCCUGCUGUGGCUCCCCAGCUCCAGCUGGCUGCACGCACGCCCCCGCCCCAGCCUGCCACACGCGCUGCCUGCCCGCCCUCCCAGCCGUAAGGAUGGGGGUCUGUCCACCCGCCACCGCCGGACCGUGGGGACCAGGGGAGGGGCAAGGCUUCCCUGCCCGGCCUUUGCACCGCUACCCUCGCCUAUACUUAGGCACAUCACACCGACCUUAACACACGCACACAGACACACAGAGGCAUCGAUUCGAUCGUGGGCCAUUCAAGUAUUUAUUGAGCACCUACUAUGUUUGAAGGCACAGAGCUUCCUCCAGGCCCUGGGGGUUACAGCAGAGAGCAGAACACAUGAUCUGCCCUCGGCGGGGGGGGCUGACGUUCUCAGGACAGAGCACCUGCACUGCGACACAGACACACACACGAGGCCCUAACCAGUCUGAUCCCCGAUUCUGGGCAGGAAUCCUCGCCUCUCUCCAUAGUUCCGUGGCCAUUUGUUCCAAAUAACCAAGGGAAAGUCCCCCCCCGGCCCCACUUCUUGACAUCCAGACAAGGACAGCCCCCCGCCCCCCACUCUAUGAUGUUCUCAGGCCUUGGGACCACGGGGAGCGCGGAGCGGGAGACCCAACCUCCUUCCUCAGAUGGACCCCUCUUCAGCCCCUACCCCCC